AUGGCUGCGGCCACCGAAAGUGGUCUCGAUGUCGACUGGCUGCUGCAUUCCAAGAAAGGUGUGGUCCCACAAUGUCGGCCCUCAGUCGCGCCUGCUUCUACUUCUUCUGACUACCGACAUUUGAAGAGAGGGAAAGCACUAACCAUUAUAUCAGAUCUGGCUCAUUCGGUGGGAGAGAGGAAUGGCAAGAAACAAGAUUCACAGUCCUCCACAACCCCUCGAGUCAAUCAUCGCGAGUCUGCACUGGCACAGCCUCAACCCGAUCACACGCCUCUCAAAGAAUCGCAAAAUGGAGCAGUGCCUCCAGCAUCCCAGCAACAGCAGCCUGCCGUUACCGUCAACGGCAAGGAGAACCGCGCACAGUCUGCGACGCAGAAGACGCCUCCGACUACCUCCCCGCCCGGUCAAAGCCAAUCCCCCAGACCUACGAUGUCGAGAGGCCAAAGCACGGAGGAGAAUAAAAAAGGCCUAAAGCCAGGUACCCCAAAGAAAGAGGGCAGGAGGAGCUCUUGGAUUGCAAGUUUCAGCUCGAAGUUCUCUUCUGCAAAUUCACCCACGCCGUCGCGGAGUUCCAGCAUUGACGUGCAACAAUCGAACAAUGCUCUAACGGCGUCUCCUCAGCCGAGCCCCAAAAUCGAGUUAACGAAUCCUUUCGAAAAGAAUCGAUCAGCUAAAGAUGGGCAGAAAGAGUCCAAGAAAGAAGAAUCAAAACCUACUGUUGUCACCCACACUGCCCCUCGAAGACCUUCGGUCCUUGUGGCCGCCGGAAAAGAAACAAAGUUAGAACAUCCUGGGUUUCUGUCGAGCGCCCUGCGGAGGCUGUCUUCCUCAUCCAACACCACCAUGGGCAAAGGCGCAACCAGUGGGGCAAUCUGCCCGAGAAGGAUUAUGAACGUCGACCCCAACCGUGAACGCAUCAAGAUCAGCGAAUUUGAUCAGAACAAGCUCAAGAGGGUGGCAUUUUGUGUAGACGUAGAGAUUGCUGGAUUUGCCUCUCAGGCCGACGAAGACCCAGAGCAGUACCAUCGCCCCGGGGCGACAAGCGUACAGAAACAGACUAUCUCUACAGCCGACAAGCAAGUGACCAGCAAUAAGGACUCGAAAGAUGCUAGGAUGAAGGAAAAAGGCGAGGGCGCAGCGUUGAAAAAUCCUCCGCUGGCAACUGAGGAAAAGGAAAAGGAAGAGGUAGAGCAAAGCACACCGCAGCCAGAACCCCAGGCUCAACUGCCAGAGGAGAGAACGGAGGCCAAAGAUAAGGAGACGUCAGAAACGUUGCAAGGCCCCGACCCUCAAGCCGUACCCGGAACACGGAAAAAAGAGAAGAAGAAACGGUCAGAAGCCGAACGAAAAGAGCGAAAAGAGCGAAAAAGGCGGCACGCCGAAGCAAAUGGUCUCGUACCGCUGGAGCUGACACGAGAGGACGACGAGUCGGAUUCGAAUUCGAGCACCACGCCUCCCGGCGCCUCAACCCCGAGCAGACGACCUGUGGAAGGGGCUGAUGGCCGUACGACGGAUCCCCUACGGAUAUACAAACGCUGUUGUCAACUACGCGAAACUACCGUUUUAAGCAGAGUCAAAGAGCAAAUAUCCAAGCCCUCGGCAGCACUGGCAGAAGCCCCCGGGACCGUAGGGGUGAUGGAUCUCUCUGGGUAUCAGAUGCAGCUGCAGGAUGUCGUAACUUUGGGCGACUGGCUCGCCAUCGUCCCCGUCCGCAAACUCGUCUUGGACAAUUGUGGGUUGACAGACGAGGGCGUCCGAGUGAUUUUGUCAGGCCUUUCAAGUUGCAAAUCUGCAGAGCAAGCCCGACAGAACAGAAAAUUACCGAAGAGACUCAGCGGGAAGAGUGGCAGAGAGCAGAUGGGCGUUAUUGAGAAGCUCUCUCUAAAAGACAACCCCGGGAUUACCAAUCUGGGAUGGAGGCACAUUGGGCUUUUCAUGCAUAUGUCACGGUCGCUCAGGGCCAUCGAUCUGUCAGGGAUCCGAUUUCCGAAGUCAGGCGAUCUCUCACGAACAGUCUCAACAACGAGCUCCAACAGCAGUGGACCGAACGACGCGAACUCGAAACCAAUGGACCUGGGGGCUCUGAUUGUCUACGCAUUGUCUGAGCGUUUGGGUGACAAACUUGAAGAGCUGAUCCUCAGCGACUGCGGCCUUUCGACUGCAAAUGUUCGAGACCUCGUGGACUGCGCCAUUAAAUGCAAGAUCCGACGGCUGGGGCUCUCAGGCAACAAUAUAGAGCAGGAAGCUCUCAGCCACCUUGUGCGAUACAUCAAGUCCGGUCACUGUGAGGGUCUCGACCUCGGAAGCAACGACCUACAUGGGAUCGCCUACAUCCUUGCAGAAGCUGCCGACAGUAAUUGCCCCUUAUUCGCAAUUAGCUUGUCAGAUUGCAAUCUGACGCCUAGCGAUCUCCAGUCGAUCUUGAUACCAUUCGCGAGAUUGAAGAACCUCAAAUUUAUUGACCUCUCCCGCAACAUGGCGUUAUUCAACGGUCAGCCCAGCGCCGUCCCGGUCUUCCGAAAGCUGCUUCCAAAAUUAGUGCCUUUGAAGCGUCUACAUCUCUCAGACGUGGGCAUGACCUCUGAGCAAGUCAUUGCUUUGGCCGAGAUCUUGCCGGAUUGCCCGUCGAUGGCUCAUCUCACCAUUUUGGACAAUGCUCCUCUCCUUCACGCCAUGAAUUCCAGAGAUGCCAGCUCACAAGAGGAAGCUUGCGCAUUCUUCGCGUCCUUGAUGACCGCGGUUAGAGUGUCGGAGACUAUUGUAGCUGUGGAGAUCGAGAUGCCCAGCGCAGACAGCAGCGAGGUUGUCAAGGCGCUGGCGUCCCAGGUUGUGGCCUACAGUCUUCGAAACAUGGAGCGCACGACUCUGAAUGAGGUCGGCGUCAAGCCUGACGAUCUCGCCGAGAAGGACGCUCCGGAAGUAUUACUCCAUCUCGUUGGUCAUAUGGACGGUUACUCGGCAAAUUACGACAAGGACGAGCCAGCUCCGGAUGAGGACUACAUGAUUGCAUCUACGGGAAUAGUCAAAGCUUUGGGUGUUUGUUUGGAUCGCAAGGACGGCAACAGUCGGGCCCAGUCGAGAAAUAUCAGUCCUACAGCGAGUGGGACAUCCACGCCGAGGGGACCGAUCCGGCAAAGAACGGUGUCCAAGCCCCGGGAUGUCAGCUUGGAGCUUUGCGAGAGCGCGAGAAAGAUCAGGCGAAGGUUACAGCCUGUCUUGGUCCGAGAAGAUCGCGCCGGCAAUCAUGACAACUAUCGACGUCUUCUUUUCCUCGACCAGACGCUCCAACGAAUGAUACAGAGAUUCGAGGACGAGUACCCCGAGACCAAAGUCACUUCCUCGUCUCCUCCACACGCAGACGGCAUGCCUUCGCCGGAUCCAUCCAUGGAAGAAACCUCUAUGCUAUCGGGUUCCGUCGACUCGAAUGGAAUGAUGAAGAUGGCAGAUGCUGAAGAAUACUUCCCAGCCGAACGCGAAGCACAAGACGAAUAUGCGCUGAAAUUAUCUCGAACGUCGUCCAACACGUCCCUUGCAGCCAAAGCCUUUACAGACGAAGAAGGCCGUAUGCAUCGUUUUGGACAGACCAUCCGUAGAGAAGUCCUCAAACCCACGGGCAUGGAUGAUGCUCUGCAUGGAUCCCAUGAAACCGACUCAGACCCACCUCACUUAGCCGCUCUCCGAGAGAAGUUGGAGGAAUUCCGUGGAGAAGAUAUUCGGUACAAGGUGGAAAAGGAAGGAGCAGACAGUGUCGUGCGCGAGCUAGGAUUGAAUGCGCAAGAGCUCCUCACGCUAAGGGAGAAGGAUCCCGAGGGGUUCAAUGCAUUUAGGGAAUCGCAGCUGGCCGCGCAAGUCAACGCGGGCUUGAUACCUGUGGAUGAGAUGAGGAGUGCAAGGGUGUGA